AUGCGUCUUACCUUCUUCGUCGCUGCGCUUUGCGCACCCUCAGCCCUAUCGUUUCCCUGGUUAGCCCCAGAAGGAAUGGAUGCCCUACUCGAUCAUCCCGAAGCACGUGCAGAGAUCGACCGUCGACUACAAGAAUGGCAAGCUGGCCAAGACCAAGAGAAGGAGCAACCUGAGGCUCGAGCGCUUAAGACUGGUAUUGUGGGUGGCGUUGUAUCCCUACUUGGAGGCACAGUCGAAGCUGUUGUCGACAAUGUCCUGGGCCUCAUCCCUACCAACAAGGCUGUCAAAGGCUUGCAGAAGUUCCCUGAGGCUUCACAUCCUUUCAAGGCCCCCGGUAGUACGGACCAGCGAGGUCCUUGCCCUGGCCUUAACACUUUGGCUAACCAUGGCUACAUUCCUCGAAACGGCAUUGCCACCGUGGGUCAGAUUCAAGCCGGUACGGCAAAGGUGUUUAACAUGGGUGCGGACCUAUCUGCUCUUCUCGCUGUUGGAGGCGCGGUCGACGGAGGUGAUAUCCUUUCUCAAAAGAUGAGCAUAGGCGGGCCAGACAACCGCGUCGGUCUCCUCAACGGUGACUUGAACAAGAUCUUCGGCAAGCCAUCUGGAAUUGCUGGACACGGAAAGUUCAACGAAGGCGACGCAUCUGCUACUCGUGAAGACUUUUACCUCCAUGGCGACAACAUCUCUUUCAAGCCCAAGCUAUUCAAGCAGCUGCACCAACAAGCUCUAGCCAAGGGCGAUGGUACCUACAAUGUCGAUGCGGUCAAGGAACACUUCAAGAUCAGAUACAAGGACUCCAAAGCUGCCAACAAACAAUUCUACUUUAACGUCCCCAGCGCUGCUGUCGUUAUGGGAGCGUACUACUUCAUCCCUGGCUUCUUCUCCAACGGCACAAUUGGCGCCGGCGGUAUCGCCAACGAGGCUUCCAUCACCUCUUUCUACGGCGCAAAGCCAACCCGCAAGAACGCCUGGAAGGACAAGAACCUCGACUACACACACGUCCCCGAACGUAUCCCCGAGCAGGGCUGGUAUCGCCGCGCGACGCCCAUGACCAUUGCCGAGGCCGUGGGUGGAAUCCUUGAUGUCUACCUCUACGCGCUGCCAGCCCUUGGAGGUUCCGGAGCGGAUGGAAGCUGGGUGGUUGGUCCGCUCAACUUGCCUAAGGACCCCCAAGGCCUGAGCUGCUUUUUGUACAACGCAGUUUUCGCCAAUUUCCCUUCAGAGCUUUUCAAUUCGGUCAAGCUCUUGCAGUCGGUCCUCAACAGUGUUUCGGGUGCACUUGUUCCUGGAUACAAGGCUCUGGGCUGCAAGGUUGACUUCCCCGACGCCGAGGGUUCGUCAGCGAGUAAGAGGUUUGCUGCGUAUGAGAAGAAGUAUGUUGGCCCGGCCAAGACCAAGGCUGUGGGCAGCGGCUGGUAUAAGAAAUAA